AUCCAGGAGACAUCCAGCGCGAACGGAAAAAUCUUCGUCAAGUCUAAAUUCGGCAUACUGAUUUGGUGCUUAUGACAGCUUUCUCGUAAAUGUUUUCCUCUGUGACUGCGUAUUGCGUGUAGAUUUGCUGAUAGAAUUCCUGAAGUGCUUGGUGAGAUGUCAUAUGAUACCCGUUUUAAAAAUAUCCGCGAUAUAGAAUCUAAAUAGUUUUAAAACUAAUACGUUACCUCUCCGAUAAGCACUACGACUCGAUUAUAAUUACUGUAAUCUUCCAUGAUUUCUUCUGCGUUUCUGGGAAUAAUAGAUAACGCACGGCAAGUUACAGCUUACAAAUUAUGUUAUUCAUGAGAUCUGUAAAAAGUAAGUAAAUCAGUAACGAUUCGAUUUCCGUUAGUUGAUCCGAAGUUUUCAAAGAGAUGGAGAUUCUGAAGAUUUCUUCUUUUAUAUAUGAACUUCAUUAAAAAUUUGUCUAAAAAUUUUUAUUUCUUCGGAGUCUACUCCUGAUUUUACAGAUGAGAAAAGAUUAAUCAUUUUACAAGAUAUAAAUUUUUCCACCAGUCCCAUUAAACUCACUUAAUUAUCGCAAUCUGCAUUGUUCGUAGCUCUAUUGUAAUAAAGCCGACCGUACUGACAAAGUAACGUAGCGGGAUAAUGCACUCGUUAGAGGGUAAUUCAUGAGAAAGAGAUACUCUCCGCUGAACCGGAAGGAAACCGCAAGUGAAACAGCUGCCGAUACGGUCGGACAAAUCGGCAGGAACUUGAGAGCUGCAACGCAAGCGUACCGCGUGAGUGAAUUGCGAGGGUCGCAACGCGAUCGCAAAGCGGCGAAAGAGUGAUCUCAGUGAAUCAAGAUCCCUCACAUAGUGGGGAAGUUUUUCCGCGAUGAUAAAGAUAUUUAACAGUAACAGUAACGUAACAGUCGGACGUGACGUCCGGAUAUUUCGAAAUCAUUGACUCGGCGCACGACACAGGGCACGAUCGGAACGGACAUCCAUGGAUUCUCGCAAGAUCGUCAUCGUGCUGACGAUCUUAUGGCUGAUACAUCGUACAGAGGGCCAAAUUACGUGUCGCGAGGUGCAAUUGCACCGUGACUGCACGACGUUGUGCAGCAACGACACGAGCCGCGACGACGGUACCUCUUGCGAGCUGAGGAUCGCCGUUCUCUUGCCGGCGGACCCAAAGUAUGACAUUUCUCUGCCCAAGGUUCUCCCGGUCCUCGAAUUAGCGGAAUACGAAGCGAGAUCGCGGGAUCUGCUGCCACGUUGGUUGAGACUGAAUUUAUUGGCGCGGGACGAUAGCUGUGAUGCGACGUAUGCGCAAAUCGGCGCGAUCGACAGUUUUUCAGAUUGUGUGCACCUGUUUCUCGGACCGGCAUGCGAUUAUUGCGUCGCGGUCGUUGGCAGAAUGGUGAAAUUCCUUGGAACACCGUUAAUUACUACGGGAGGCUUUACUUUUGACUUCACCGAGAAAAAGACUGAAUGUAAAGAUGAAUACUUUAUGACCACAAGAAUCGGAAAUGUAGCUUCUAGGGAUAUCGCUAAAUUUUUCAUAGCCAUAAUGGAUCGUUACGAGUGGCGUAAAGUGCAUCUCGUCUAUGCAGCAAGUGGGCAAAGUCAAAUCAAUGGUAAACACACGUGUCAUCUUAUGAUGAAAUCAAUGGUUGAAUUUAUCAAAAAGGAGCAUAAUAUCACCUUCGCCGCAUUCGAUGUCGAAACUACAACUCUCAGUGACUAUCCAGAGGCUUUGAAAGAUCACAUUGGUACUUCGUACGGCGGUGAGUGA